CCUCAGCGGAUCAACUGCCUCUUGACUCACCUACUUUCUUCGUUCCGUUCACCGUGCUUGUUGUGCUCCUCGACCUGCCUAGCAACGUCGUAUGACCACUGACCCUCACAGAUAAACAACAUUGCAGGGCAUCCCAUAAAUUGCUUGCGGUCGAGCCUGGCUGCUAGGCCCAGCCAUUCUCGCACCGUUUUAGCUCCGGCCUCCGAUUGCAAUCAACCCCCUCUUCCCCAAAACCACCUAUCGCUGCAGAUACAAUAAACUUGCCUACCUAAUUUACCUACCUACCUACCCAAGGUCUAAGGGGCCAUGUUUGCACGCGGCAGCUCCAAGGAGCGAAACUCCACAAGGAAGGUGACGCCGCCGUCACCUUCCUACAUGUCAAACGAACAGUUCGCUGCCUAUCUCGCAGGUCUUCGCACCAACCGUGUCAACAGGCCAGCAGGUGCCCGUCCUCCCCCGGCCUCCAAAUAUGACGCUCUUGGCUCGUCUACUACUACUACUACUACCCGGCCUUCCAUCGAUGCUCCUUCACCCUCCGCAUCGACUUUGCCUCCGCAGCACCAGCGGACACAGUCAGACACUGUGAGUGUCCUGGCCUCCGCAAGCCGCCCUUCCAUCGUUCCCAGCGUUUCGUCAUACUCGAGCAAGGCCCGCGGAAAGGACUAUUAUCCGGACCGCCCUGUGCAACCACUGAAGCCGUCGGAAAUCGUUCCCAGCGCAACCUACAUCGAGCGUGGACAGAGGUGGAUGGAGAAAGAGGAGGCUUUCUCGCUACGCCGAGCCAUGGAAGAUAUGGACCUCAAAGAAUCGCCCCAGGAGGAAAAGGAGGGCGCGGCGGAGAGCGAUGACGACAAGCGGAUCUAUGGUGCAGCUCUCGACGAAGCCGCCGAACUGGUAUGGCAGCACCAGAAUCCGGAAAAGAUGCCGCAGCCGGGAGCGCCCUACCAAUACCGACCACACUUGCGCAAGAACAGUUACGCACAUGCCCGCACCGCUAGUGUCGGUAGGUAUGGCACUGACGUCACGCCAACUGGUCUUGCUCGGGGUCGCCUCUCAGGCUCGCUAUCUGGUAGCUCAACCGAGGUGGACAGCCCCGGGCCGGUUUUGGGUCGUCCGUCGUUUUCCUCAUCUCGCCCGGCGUCCAACAUGGGACCAAGCGGUGAUGCGACACAACCCGCCGCGGCGUCGGAUAGUAAUCACAAAUCGUAUGGCGAUAUCCCGGCCGAGCCUUCUUCUGUUCCAGGAGGGCGCUCCAGAAGCAGACAGAAGAGGAAGAUGAGCAACGAGGCGCAAAGACCUUUCUCCGGCGACCAGAUUUGGGAAGAACCGGACAACGAGACUUCUGACGGGCCCCGAGCUUCUGUGUCAGACGAUGUUGUUAACCCCCUGAAACCAAAACCAAAGGAACCCCUCAACCGUCUCCAGUUCACCCGUAGGGGUGCUGCUGGGUUGAAAACUGGGCCUGCCCCUCCCUCACCCGAGAAGGUAGUCUCCAAGUACGAGAUACACCGAAACCCCCCAAGCCAGUCUCGAAAUCCUCUUUACACAACCAAUUCCCGCGCCGCCACGCCGCCUGCCCCGCGCGAAGACGUGCCUCGUAAGCACGGCAUGGAGAUCCGCAGCGACGACAUCAAGGAGGCAACGAGCAUGAAGCUGAAAGACCGCAGCCCCAAGCUUCCUACGCCCUCUGCAGUCAGCGAUAGACCCGGUAGACCUAUCGUAAGCUUUGAAAGAAAUUGGAAGCCCCAAGGGGAGGCUACUGACGGAAAGUCAGAAGAGUCGACUUUCGGGCGGGGGGGUGCCAAGCACCCAUCGUCCCUCGUCCCGGGCGGGCUCCGCAAACAGCAGCCGCAGCAACAAACCCAAGCGAUCCCUUCUAUCUCUGUUACGGACGGCUCUGCGGCCUCGCCGGCCGCGUCGUCUUCGCCUACACGCCGCCCACAACCCCCUCCGCCCUCUAUUAAAGUCGAUGGGCCUUCUAUCCCCGUGAUUUCGGUCGGCGAUUCUUCCUCGUCGGCCCCUCCUACUAUUGUGGUUGAGCCCGAUGGAGCGGACGACGGUCCUAGCAUACCUGUAAUCGUAACGCCCGACGAUAGCAGCGCCAACACCGGCGGGGCCUCUCGUCGUCCGCUCCCCACACCGCAACCUGGGGCGCCUCGUGUCCGGCAAGCGGCGCGACCCCACGGACACUGGUCUUCCGCUUCGAAGCCGGCCGGUAGCCGCGCUACCGCUCGCUGCCACGAGUGCGGUGACUUUAUCGAGGGCCGUUUCGUGUCCCUUGCCGGCACGUCGGAGCGGUUCCACCCGCGGUGCUUCACCUGCUACACCUGCGGCACCUCCCUCGAGGCGCUCGAGAUCUCUCCGGAGCCGGAUAACCACCGCGAGGCACGCCUCGAACGCAUCGCCCGCCGCGCCGCGGGUGAGAUGCUCCCCGAGGAGCCCGGCCAGACCAUGGCCGAGGACGGCGACGACCGCCUCCGCUUCUUCUGCCACCUCGACUGGCACGAGCUGUUCGCGCCGCGCUGCAAGCACUGCAAGACGCCCAUCAUGGGCCAGCACGUGGUGGCGCUGGGCGCCCACUGGCACUUUGGCCACUUCUUCUGCGCCGAGUGCGGCGACCCGUUCGAGAAGGGCAUGACGCACAUCGAAAAGGACGGCUACGCGUGGUGCGUGUCCUGCCAGACGAAGCGCACCGAGCGCCGCGCCCCCAAGUGCCGCAAGUGCCGGACCGCCGUCAUCGGCCAGUACGUCCGCGCCCUCGGCGGCGAGUGGCACGACGAGUGCUUCCGCUGCGCCACCUGCAACGGCGCCUUCGAUGACGGCCAGAUCUUCCCCAUGGAGGGCCGCGGCGCGCCGGGCGAGACCGUGGUCCUGUGCACGCACUGCAUGGAGAGGGAGUUGAAGGCGUGAGGAGCGUCAUGUUGUUCAUGGAAUGCAAAGCGUGGGCGUUGAUUUUGAUGUAGUUUCGGGGCCAUGUCUUACCAGUUUGUCGGCCAGAUCCGGAGUUUGUUUGCAAUUUCUUGUAGGUCUGGGUUUGUAGGUGCAUCGUAGGAAAUCAUUUGCCUGGCGUUUUCAGACAUAACU